AUGACUGUGAAAUUUCACGGUGGAAGGGUCCAAUUCCAUCCAGUGUUGAUUCCUAUUCUAUUUUUCUCAUUUUGUUCGUAUCUAUCUAUCUAUCUAUCUAUCUAUCUAUCUAUCUAUCUAUCUAUCUAUGUGUGCACAAAACUAUCUCUAUACCGCUUUCUGUCUGUCUCUCUAUUUUCUAUACCUUUCCUUUUCUGUGUCACUCUCUCCCUGUCUUUUAGUCUGUCUUUCUCUCUAUUUUGCCUUCCUCUCCUUUUCUGUCUCACUUCCUCUAUCUCUGUUCCUCUGUCUGUCUGUCUCCCUUUUUUGUCUUCCCCUCAUCUUUGUGUCACUUCCUCUAUCUCCGUCUCUUUGUCUGUAUGUCUCUCUAUUUUCGCUUACUCUCCUUUUCUGUUUCACUUUCUCUAUCUCUGUUACCCUGUCCCUCUAUUUUCUCUUCCUCUCCUUUUCUGUGUCACUUCCUCUAUCUAUAUACCGCUUUCUGUCUGUCUCUUUAUUUUCUAUACCUUUCCUUUUCUGUGUCACUUCCUCUAUCUCUGUUCCUCUGUCUGUCAGUCUCUCUAUUUUCUCAACCUCUCCUUUUCUGUGUCACUUCCUCUAUCUCUGUUCCUCUGUCUGUCAGUCUCUCUAUUUUCUCAACCUCUCCUUUUCUGUGUCACUUCCUCUAUCUCUGUUCCUCUGUCUGUCUGUCUCUCUAUUUUCUCAACCUCUCCUUUUCUGUGUCACUUCCUCUAUCUCUGUUCCUCUGUCUGUCAGUCUCUCUAUUUUCUCUUCCUCUCCUUUUCUGGGUCACUUCCUCUAUCUCUGUCCCUUAGUCUGUCUGUCCCUCUAUUUUAUCUUUCUCUCCUUCUCAUUUCCUCUAUCUCUCUUCCUAUGUCUGUCUCGUUAGUUACUCACACAAUAAAGCCUAACGACAAGCACCUGCACCCCAAUCUUAGUCUCUUAUCUCGUAAGAAUCGAUCGCUGGUUACGGUCUCAUUAUCACAGCCUCACCGCCUAACUCCACUCCUGUCCGCCCGCAGAGGACGUGGAAUCGACCAUCGGGUAAUGGGGCUGGCGACGCCUGACCCGCUGCUUCUCCCAGUUCCAACCACUCACCAAAGCGACGGUAAUCGGCAUCAGCGUUUUCUUCAGUGA